AUGGAAAAGCUACAAAUACCAGAAUGGAAUGAUAUCGAAAGAUAUUUUAAAGACCCCGAGUUGAUAACGGCGGAAAUUUUGUUUGUAGGUCUGACCUUGUGUAACGUAUUUGUUAUGUACCGCCUCUUCCUAGAUGUGAUUCCUUACCCUAUCUUUGUGACUUGGUGGCAGUUGGCACAGGGGUUGCUGGUUGCUUAUGUAUGUGGCGAGUUAGGAAAGGAAUUCCCCAAGUUUGCCUACUUUCCAAAAGUCGAAAUAAAUGAAAAUAUGCUCAAGGUGUUAUUUGUCCCUUCCAUUUUCUAUUGUCUCAUGUUAGUGUUGUCUAAUUAUUUGCUCUUUAAGACCCCUUGUAUAGCGUCCUACCCAGUGCUUGUUAGUUUUACUGUAGUGUUUCACCACCUCACUCGUUUUGUCGGAUGUGGAGAAGAGUACAUGCCACUCAGAUGGAAGUCCAUCGUAUUCCUCUUAGCCGCUUUUGUUAUUGGAUGUUUCGAUUCGAAGACCACAGGGAAAGGAGUACUAAUAUGGGCUCUAUUAUAUGCACUUUUUUCAGCGAUUUUUAGAGCAGGCUUCAUGCAAAAAAUAAUGCACCUUGUAGAUGGCAAAGGGAAUACAUUACAUAACAACCAGCACCUGUUAGGAGUUUUACUCCUCCCUAUACUGAUUUUAUUAUCAGGAGAAUGGGCUGUGUUUGGGCAUAUGCCUUAUAACAUUUUGUCCUUGUACACCUGGCAGAUGUGGGGUUGCUUAAUAACUGUGGGUACCUUGCCAUUUAUAAAAAAUGUCAUUUCUAAUAGAUUGGUUAGAAGAACAGGACAAGGCCCAUGGAGAUUUCUCGAAAUCAUUUCAAUUGUCUUAGUAUUCUUUAUUGGGAUGGCUUACAAUGCACCUUCCUUCUUAGGAUACGUGUCCAUUAUAUGUGUAAUUAUUGGCCGUUGUUUGGGUGCCUUCGAUGUUAUGCUUAAUGCCUCAGAUUACAUGAUGGCUGAAGAUGAAAGGAACAGAAAAACUUCCAAAGCGAACUAUGCUAAGAGCAGACAGGGGACACAGGCAUCCAAGCCCUUCCUAUACUCUGGCGAUAACGAAGAAGAUGAAGAGGAAAGUUCCUUCAGCUCAAAUGAUAGUAGGAGUUACCAGGGCUCUCAAGACUACGACGAUAAGGACAGCGUCAAUAGCAGCUCUCAACAGUAUAGCGUCCACAAGGGGACCAGCAGAAUGGACAGCUCUUCGAAUCAAACCAGCCACGCGGGCAUGUCCCUAGACGAUAGCAGACGCGGCAGCAAAAUAAGUGACGCCAAGGCCGCUGGGCACAGCACCAGCUUCCACUCCAAGUCUAAGUUGUCCCGCAACUACUCCUCCAAGAAGCAGGACCUCGUCGACUCGCAGGCCUAA